UAAUUCUUCCUAAUUUACGCUAAAGCGCUUUUCCCAAGCGAGGUCUGUGCUUCAAGGAGAUCUUUCGCGUAUUCUCUUUCCAGCUUCCAGCCACUGGAAAUGCCCGGCAGCAGCAAUUCCCUGCUGGAAUUGUCGCCUCGGAACUGGAAAGUUUCGGCAGGCGAAUAGUUAAGGGGAGGAGGAGAAGGAGGAGGAGGAGGAGGAAGAGGAGGAGGCAGGCUCCCAGUUCUCCCAGUUCUGCCGGGCUCAGCAGCCGCAGCUCGGGGGCACCGGGGGAAGGCUGGGAGGGCACAGCAGCUCCUCCGCAAUAUUCCCCGCAAUAUUCCCCGCAAUAUUCCCCGCAAUAUUCCCCGCAGCCCCAGCCCGGCUCCCAGCCCUUCCCAGGCUGCCUGCAGAAGUUCCCCGGGAGCUGCAGGCGGAUUCCUGCGGGAUCCAAUGCUGAGCGCUGCAGGGAGCGGGAUGCAAACAUUCCCGAUUAAUGGUUAACCUGCUCCGGGAUAAGGGACACGGCUCUGCUGAAGGACAAUGACACCCUGCCGUUCUCUUUAUUAUUAUUAUGCUGCCGUCUCCUGGCUAACUCUGGACGAGUGGCAUCCCUGCUCUCCUGCUUUCUGCACAGCAUCCAAAGGUUGACAAGGACUUGAUUUGCUGCAGCUUUUUGUUCAGAUGGAUGGAACGUUCCCAUCAAGGUUGUUUACCCAGUAAAUGGAUCCCUGAGGAGCUCAAAGGCAAGAACACUCUCCUGGGAGCUGAUUUCCUCAUGUUUUUCUUGGAGCUGCUGAAAGAACAUCCCAGGAAAAUGGAUGAGCCCUCCACCUAACACAGAGCUCUCCUUUUGGGAAUGCUCAGUGGAAAAGAGGCACCAUUCCAGCAUGAAAUCCAGUGCUUACCAGUAAGGACCAAAGGAUAAAUACAUUCCUUCCCAACAGCCCAAUAAAAUCUCAAAAAGGAAUUUUGAUACCAAGUGCUUCAAGGAUAAAGACUUCAUGUAAUUGCUGCAGGAUUCAGGACUGGCUGCACUCUCAUUCCUCUGAGUGUUCAACAAGAUGAUCUGAAUGUUUAAUUGGACUAUGAUAAGAAGACAGGAUCUGGAAAUAAAAGAUGAACCCACUUCAUGCAAAGAAAUCAAAAUUUUUAGUGUGUGUUGCUGUCUGUAUGUUCAUCUACACCUUCAUCUACCUAAAGGUUCCACUUUAUGACGAGUCAAAUGACCAAAAAUUCCGUGGCAGAAGAGCAGAGUGUGGUUUUUACCCGGAUGAAAUUUGCUCAGCUCUUUUUGUGGGGAAACCUGCAGCCUCUAAAAUUGGAAACUUUUGUCAGAAGUCCUACCAGCCCAAAGCCCUCAGCUGCAUUCAGAGUUCCUGCAGCUGCUCCACAGUCCUGAAGACUCUACAUUUUAUCACCAGACCGCUUUCAGAGGAAGAAGGAAAUUUCUCCUUGGCGUACAUUAUUACAAUUCACAAGGAGCUGGAAAUGUUUGUGAGGCUGCUAAGAGCUAUUUAUAUGCCUCAGAAUAUUUACUGCAUCCACAUUGAUGAAAAGUCACCCAGAGAUUAUAAAACUGCUGUACAGAACAUCGUUAACUGCUUUGAAAAUAUUUUUAUUUCCUCCAAAAGAGAACACGUUGUUUAUGCAGGGUUUUCAAGAUUACAAGCUGAUAUAAAUUGCAUGAGAGACCUCGUUAACUCCAAAGUUCAGUGGAAUUAUGUUAUUAAUCUGUGUGGUCAAGAUUACCCCCUGAAAACAAAUAAAGAAAUCAUACAAUACAUAAAAAGUAAGUGGAAUGGGAAAAACAUCACUCCUGGGAUAGUGCAACCCCUUCAUGUGAAACACAGGACAGAGGUCAGCUACAGGGAGUACGUCCAUUCUGGGGUGCCCUACGUGUACCCAGCAAAGAUCAGGAAAGCUCAGCCUCCACAUAACCUCACCAUCUAUUUUGGCAGUGCCUAUUACAUCCUCACUAAGGACUUUGUGGAGUUCACGCUGAGCGAUGCCCGCGCCAAAGCUCUGCUGGAGUGGUCGAGGGACACCUACAGCCCUGAUGAGCACUACUGGGUCACCCUCAAUCGUUUACCUGAUGCUCCAGGGGCUACACCCAAUGCAGGCUGGCAAGGAGACCUAAGAGCCAUUAAAUGGAAAGAUCAAGAAGGACUCUCACACAAAGGCUGCAAAGGUCAUUAUGUCAGAGACAUCUGCAUUUACGGCCUGGGGGACCUGCAGUGGAUUAUUGAGUCCCCUCAUCUGUUUGCCAACAAGUUUGAGGCUGCUGGGAACCCGCUGGCGCUGGAGUGCCUGGAGAGGCGGCUGCGGCUCAAGGUGCUGCGCCAGGCUCAGGUGCCCAUCGAGCAGCACUGGCGCCUGCAGGAGCGCAGCCACUUCAACAUGCAGCUGGACGUGUGAGCUCAGCCUUCUCCUCGCAAAGCUGCAGCAUCCUGGCACAGAAAAAUGACAUUUACAGCCAUGGGCUUCACUCUGUGCAUCGAGGGGAAAGCACAAGCCCGUACUCCCUACAUAAUCGCGUUUUAUUUAUUCCGGCAGCGAGGGGUUAAUUCCCAAAGAAUGUCUGAAUCUCUGCUGAAGACAAGGGGGGAAGUUCAUAAUCCAUUAAGUGACUUAUUUAGCUGGAAAAGUCAAUAUUCCUCAUGUUCACAGCCAAAGCAUGACUAACUGGCAUGAAAAUAAUAAAAUGGAAGCAGUGACUGAACAAAGAUAAAGUAUGAAGAAAUAACAAAUUAAAGUCAUGACCACUGAAUGUCUCAGGAAACAUUCUGAGUAAUGAAGUUGAUGCUAAAAUUUCUAAAAUUGUACGUAAGUGACGAGCAGUUUGUGACACAGCUCAUGCCACUGGGGGAUGUGGGUUUGUUUUUAUUUCCCAGGGCCAGCUGCAUCCCUAAUUUCAUUUUGUAGCAUGGCAACAUCACUGCGGCCCUUCCCAGGCUUUGCUCCUAAUAACAGAAGGAUCCUGCAACACGUUUACCCCCAAGUCUCUGCUCUGAGUCUCUGCAGGAGUUUAGGUAAAGGAUACAGGGAAAAUUUGAAGGCAGGGAUUACAGGAAAACUGAACAAAAACCCAUUUUUCAAACAUUUUUCUCUCCCAGUGUACCUGACUGAGAGAAGCAAAGAGCCUGCAGCAAGUGCAGUAACACCUGGCAGGAAUCAGGAUGAUUCACUUGAUUAAAAACUGCAAAUUAAAAAUUAAAUAAACAAUUAAAAAAAAUUAAAAGGAGCAAUUUCAAUGUAAUCUUCAAUAUGUACCCAAAACAUCCCAUUUUUUUAAAGAAAACUGGCUACAGAUAGAGCUUAUUCCCAAAAAAAUCGAACCAACAACAGGACAUAAAAGUUUCUUGUUAACUUAUUCCCAGGUUGCUGGAACUUUACUCCUCAUUUUCCCACACAAGUUUAUUGGAAACAUCAUUUCUUGCAAAUGAACUUUCACCUAAAGAAAGGCCAUCUGGUCACUAUUUAUUUACAAACUCAACACAAAUGCAUGUCCUCAGUUUCAUGGAUAAUCCAGGACUUAUCUUGUGGUUAAAUAUUGCUGGACAUACUUUUUUUUUAUGGAGGGAAAUAAAGCUAAAAAAGAAAAGGAAAAUAAAAGCCAGGCACAUGUUCACGCUGAGCUUGUUGAGAGUCUCUCUCCAAAACAUUACUGAAGCUCAUGGGUCUCUGGAAUGGAUUAAUCAUAGCAAUAUUCAUAAUUAAUUUCUCUCCAGUCCACUGUCGGGCAGUGCCAGUGUUUAUCCACUCCAUGAUGUCUUUUAGAACGGGAAUGGAACGCUCCUUAUUGCCAUCAUUGCAACAAAUCCGGUCUCCAGCCUUCACCCCUGGCACCACCACACAGAACAAUUGUGAAUCACUUCCAAAUUGAAUUAAAAUGAAAAAUUCAACAGCCAGGCACUACACAUCAUGGACUCCUUUCUCAGAAAUUGAACCAGGCCAAAAACCUGCACAAAAAGGCCUCUGAAAAUACAGUUUUUGUAUGACUUGACCCAUGUCAACUUUGCAUCCUUUGCUUAAAGGAUUUUGUAUUUGAAAGAAAAUUUUAGGAAAAUCAUCACUAAACCAUUCUGAAGUAGUAAAAAAUAACAUUCAAUUCAUUAUUGUGAUUACCAUGACCACAUCAUCUCCUUGAAACACCCAUGAAAAUCCUUCAUGGAUUCUGUGUUAUUAUGUUAACAGUUAAUCAAUCACAAGUUUCAGACCUUAGUAAAUAUUUGUUAAUUUUGGUGUCCUAAGAGCAGAAAGGGCCAAAGUGACCCUGGUUCCAGGAACCACUGCUGCACACACAGCUCUGGAUCUGACUGUCACAGGCAUAAAUUCUGUUCCAAAAAGCUUCAUAUCUAAAUUAAACAUGGGGUUGUGUUUGAUAUGGCACAGAGCUAAAUAGUUAGGGCACUGCUUCAAGUCUGUGUUUAGUUGACUCUGAAAACAAGUCCAAAUCAAACUCUGAAGUGAUCCAAGAAAGUACAUUUUACAUGUAAUCUUGUCCUUAACUUUCAAAGUGACUCCCAGAAGGACUUCCAGCACCAAUUCCAUAACAUCUCCACACCACUUCUAGCAUAUUCAGAGAGUCAGCUCCCAAAUUAAAGCAUCAUUUCUAUCAAAUAGCAGACUUCAAUUAGCAGACACCAAAAACUGCCCAUGCAAGAACCUGCAAGCCAGUUGGAACAGAAAUUCCACAAUACUCGGGCACACCAAAAUCCACAGACCUACACUGCUCCCCACAGACUUGGAACCUCCAACAUCCCAUGGGAUACACAAAC